CCGUCACCUAUGGACAGUCCGCUUGUUACAAGGUGAGAAAACAACAGAAAUAACUACACAUUAACCGACAAUGUGUCCGAGACAGCUGUAUCUGGAUAAAACAUAACUUGAAGAAGGAACCAACAUGUCUUCAAGUCCAAGUGCUCCCAAUACUAAUCCUAUGGACAAAGGUUCAGGCCAGACUGAUAGUGACAGCAAUACAAGCACGGGCGACAAUCUAGUAGGGGAUCCAGGAAGUAGCUGUACUAAUGGUAACCAAACAGCAGUAAGCCAACAACAGUCUUCAAGACAGAAUAAAGUGUCACCUCGGUGUGAUUUUUCAUACGGACGAUCCCCCCAGACACAAGCUAAAUAUGAACCUAGACUUGGUUCCCUGCCAAAGAGGAAUGAUGACGACAAAGUAAAGGAAGCUGACCAAGAGGGUGGCUAUAAUUGUGAAGGUGGUGCUCAGAGCGGAUACACCCCUGUAACAGGUCCACCAAGGACAAGAGUUUUUGACAGAGUCCUUGAGCGUUCCCAUACCGUCGAUAACCAAACCAUUGAUGCGGGGCUGGUCCAUGAACUGAUAGGAGACUCAGGAGAAGAUGGACCAAAAUUUAAGAUUCCAGAUUCCAUAGUUAUCACUGAUGUAGAUCCUAGAAAGAUCCAGUUCCUACAACAUUCUGAAACAAACAAAAAUGGGUUAGAAAAACAAUUGUCUUCACAAUAUACAAGAAUUCUUUGGCCAAAGAACUUCGGUGACCCUGUCCGAUUAGAAUGCCUACUCACCACAGAGGUCAAAGAUUGUUGGACAUUGGUUAACACUUGGAAGGCGACAGCACGGUCAAGUCUUGACAAGUUCCUGGAUGUCCUCCUUGUCUUUACACAUACUAUUUUCCAGGAAGCAUGGAGUGGUGUGAUGGAGCAGAUUCAGACAAUGAAUGUAUCUCACCCUGACGGUGUUUUAGUAGCCGUGAAAAGGGACCGUUUUGAAAUCUUUGUCCUGGGAUACACCAAAUUUGCAACUGAACUGUCUAAAAAUAUUGAAAAAAUCAUAACUGACAUUACAAAUGCAUUUGAGGGAAAGAAGCAGCAGAUCAGGGAAACUCCGCCUGCAUUGGAACAUCACCAGAGGCAACGGCAGGAUCAAUUGACAUCCCCGUGCCGAAAGAAGACUCAAACAGUUUUUGACAGAGUCCUUGAGCGUUCCCAUACCGUCGAUAAACAAACCAUUGAUGCGGGGCUGGUCCAUGAACUGAUAGGAGACUCAGGAGAAGAUGGACCAAAAUUUAAGAUUCCAGAUUCCAUAGUUAUCACUGAUGUAGAUCCUAGAAAGAUCCAGUUCCUACAACAUUCUGAAACAAACAAAAAUGGGUUAGAAAAACAAUUGUCUUCACAAUAUACAAGAAUUCUUUGGCCAAAGAACCUCGGCGACCCUGUCCGAUUAGAAUGCCUACUCACCACAGAGGUCAAAGAUUGUUGGACAUUGGUUAACACUUGGAAGGCGACAGCACGGUCAAGUCUUGACAAGUUCCUGGAUGUCCUCCUUGUCUUUAAACAUACUAUUUUCCAGGAAGCAUGGAGUGGUGUGAUGGAGCAGAUUCAGACAAUGAAUGUAUCUCACCCUGACGGUGUUUUAGUAGCCGUGGAAAGGGACCGUUUUGAAAUCUUUGUCCUGGGAUACACCAAAUUUGCAACUGAACUGUCUAAAAAUAUUGAAAAAAUCAUAACUGACUUUAUAAAAGCAUUUGAGGGAAAGAAGCAGCAGAUCAGAAAAAUUCCGCCUGCAUUGAAACAUCACCAGAAACAACGGCAGGAUCAAUUGACACACUCAAUAACCUUUCCCGGGACAACACCACCUCCAUGCAGAAAGAAGACUGAGACAGAGACAAGCCGAAUACCAGAUGUAAGAGCUGCACAGAUUGAUCACAGUACAACUCUUGGAAAGACAGAAUAUGAAGAAAAUCGCUUGGUGGUGCGCUCCAACACCUCUUCAACAUUAUAUAAAGGAAGGAUAGAAGACUGGUUGAAGGAAACUGAUAUAAAGCAGUUCAAAGUUGUCUGUCCAUUUCUGGAGAGUAGAGAAGCACUGAUCAUACUACAGUGUUUAAAUGAUGCUGAAAAUCUGCAGAAACAACGGAGUCCUCAUUAUGCUGUGGAACAAUUCCCUUGUCAGUCUGUUCAAAAUUUGAAAGCUACAGUGAAGGAAUCGAUUGCUAAAGCAAUCAGUAGUCUCCUGAAACCUGAUGACAUAGCAUCUGCAAUUCAUGAUGCAUCUGGAGCGACAUGGACAACGGACCAGAACGGAACCUGUUUUCUGGAAGGGAGUUUACCAGAGAUUCAUUGUGCAAAUAAAUACAUAGUCAGUAUCGUAACCGAUGGAAAUGGUCCAAAUUGGGACCGAAGUGGAAGUCAUACCGGUAGGAUUGGUGCUCUUCAUGGUGAUACAAUGGAAGAUGAUAUACCAGGUUAUAGAGGGAAUGAACAAAACUGGGGUCCUGAAGCAGAUGAUCCAGGAAUCAGACUUGUUGGAAAGAAGUUUGAUAAAGUUGAGCGGGUUGAGCAUAUGCUAUUGAAAGGCGUUGGAAGGCCAUGUAAUCAAACAGAUCAGCAAUUGGCCAAAACAAGGAGAAGGCAUGGAAAGUCGCCACCAUUUGGAUCCGAAGUGUUUCAGACAAAGGAUGGAGUACAAGUGUUUGUGUAUGAAGGAGACCUUCUAGAUAUGGAUGUGAAUGCAAUUAUACAUGGAACAAAUACAAACCUUAUUAAUUCUUAUGGUCUGUCAGCUGAAAUUGCUAAAGCCGCAGGUCCUGAUCUUGAGAAUGCAUGUACAAAUGUAUUUCUUGAAAGGAGCCUAAAUGUUGGUGACUGUUGCUGUACUACCGCUGGAGACCUACAUUACGAAUACAUCAUCCAUGUUGUUACUCCAAUGUGGAGUGCUUACAGGAAAACAGGCACUGACCAGGGAACAAGGAAGAAACUCUAUCAGGACGAUCUUUGUAGAACCAUCAUGAACGCUUUGGAGGAGGCAGUAAAUGUUGCGGCUAGAUCUGUUGCACUUCCUGUCACUGAUUUUACAGGAUAUGCACAAUGUCCAUCCGAUGUUCUGACUGCUGCAUUCAGUGAGGCUGUGCAGCUAUCGUGUGAUAAGUACAAGAAAUCUUCAUUAAAGGAAGUCCACAUCGUUGACCAAAACACUGAUAUUCUGAAAAAGAUCAAGGAUGAGCUUCUGCAGGCCAAGGAGUUGAAUAAUACAACCCCACCAGUGACUGAAUGAAUCUUUAUUUCCUCCUCAAAUGGAUAUUUUUUCUACAAAAACAUUUACAUAUACAAAUCAAUACAUAUUAAGAGGUAUAGAAAAACACAUUUACAUAUACAAAUCAGUACAUAUUAAGAGAUAAAGAAAUUCACAUAUAUGGACAAUGAUUUACAAACAAAAUCUAUAAUUAAGCGAAAUGAACUUCAACUGUAGUUUACAUACGUAUUUGCUUUUAAUGUGUUUUUAGAUUUGAUAUACAUCGGCAUGAUAAGCUUUGCUAUAUUAAGUAUUAUAUUAAGCCACGUCUGACUGUUAAUUUUGUCUGUAAUUUCAUUGACAUUACCGAACAUAAAUGCUAAAAUAUCAGAAUCAUCUUGGUCAAAAAAGUUUACCGAUUCAUGGACAGAUAAUUUAUCAACAAUCAUGUAAUUUAUUGUGUUUCUUUCAUUUAAUAAACUGGCACAAUUCAUAAAAAUGUGUUUAACAAUAUAUGCGGCAUCAAUUCCACAGUUUAAACAUUUUCCAGGUUUAAUCGGAAUAGUUGCUAUUUUAAUUAAGACAGACAACUCGCGUCUGUGUUCAACAUUAUUAGACAUAAGUGUGAGUAAUCGGUGGUCUAACAAGCUAUUAUGUGUUAAAUAAAAUCGUUUAAUUCAUGUCUUUUUUCUAUGCUUUCCCUCCAUACCUCUUCUUCAUAUUUAGAAAUAGCUUUAUUUAUAGCAGCUUUCCAUAUUUGUUUUGGCGGGAAAUAACCGCUUCGAACGAAUUGUUCUGUAAAAAAUGUUUGCCUAUAUUUAGUGGCCGUUUUAAAUAAAUCAAAUGUUUUGGGGUUUUUUCACACAAACAUUUAAUCCCCCAGAACAUGUAAAAUUGGAAGUCUGCCAAGGUUGGGGCCUUGGGGUCAGCCUUCAAAAUAUAAACAAUGUCCCCACACAGGGGGCUCUCACUGGCCACACAACUGACACAUGUUACACAACUCAUUUUCUCACACUUAAAUUACCAUAUGACAAAAACACAAACUAUUCCAAUAAAUUAUAACUAGCAAUUUUUUUUCUAAAAAAAUAUACUUAUUUGUUUAAUACAAUCAACUUUAAUUGUUAUUGAACAUACAAUAGCAACUUAUUAAAUAGAUAUCAAAUAUUUUACCUAAAUUUGAAUAAAAUCUAUUGUAGUAAGGCAUACUUAUGACAUAUGUCCAUUAAAUACAACCUUUGAUUCCAUUUCAUCGAAUGAGUUUGUAUAAAAGUCACUAAUUUGACAUGAAAUUAAAAAAUGAGAUAGUUUGAUAACAAAUCAAAUGUUAUUGAAUCUACUUGCAGAUCGGGAUGUAUAACUGCUGCUCCCAUCAUAUAAUUGAAUACAGACUUAUGAAUAUACGUGCUAUUUGUAUUACACCAUCUUUCUAAAAAUAAAAAAUUGUAUUUAUCUA